AUGCUCUGCAGAAUGACAUCCCUCUCGUGGUGGACAUCGUUGUUUCUUUGUCUUGCUUCGCCUAAAGGCUGCCAUUUAGCCUUUGAUGAGAGAACAGGCGAGACAGGCCAUUCUUUCUUGGCGCGUUGCGCACUCGCUGCACGCUCUGCAGCGGAGGCUGUCGGGAUGGGCAGAGAGCUUCCGCUGGGCGUGCCGGAGUUGCGGGGCUGCCUUGACACCUCUAGCCAGCUUCAGGAUGAGGCGCUCAGGGAAGAACGAUGCAGCUUGUGUCCAGAGGGCUGCGUGCUGGUCCUCUUACUAGAGGCCUUGGCAUUCCCGGCGCAGCAUCUUAAUGUGCGCCACUGUUCUUUAUCUCUGAUGUUCUAUUUCCGGGCCAGCAUGUACUUUAAGGAUUUCGAGCCGCACUGGACAUUGGACUUGCGAGACAACCUCGCCCCACUGGUGAAUGUGCGGCGAGGCCAGUGUGCCAGCGCGCGGGAGCGCGAGCUCCAGGGCCGAGGUGUGCCGCAGCCACAGCCCACUCGGCCUGCUCCCGUCCAGACAUCCCGCCGUGGCCACGGCAGCCUUCCCCGUGAGGAACAGGCGGCAGUGCUCAUCGCAGCGACGCCGGCGAUGCUCAAGAAGUAUCAGCCCUUCAUCAACUUGUGGAGAUGCUAUGCGCUGCGCCACGGGCAUGCCUUUCUCCUCGAGACGGACGAAGGCGAAGCGCCGGCGCCCAAUUGGUUGCGCUGGUACGCUGCGAGGCGGUAUUUGCCGCUCUAUGCAGCGAUCCUGCUAGUGGAUCCUGACCAGAUCAUCGUGGCACCGUGCUGGGACUUGUCAAUCAUCGAGUUGGCGGGGACUUGGCCAGAACGAGAUGCGAGUCGGCCACUUCCUGACGUCGGUUUGCGCGACUUCGGGCGUCCGCAGACCCUCAACAAUGGAGUGGUGCUGCUGCGUAACUCUGUCCGUGGCAAUUUCUUCCUAGAGCUUCUUCUUGAGAAGGCCCUUUGGUUCCAGACCAUCGAGCGUGACCAGGGUCCCUUCGACGAGACCGUCCUGGAAGUGUUGGGAAUGGAGGCCCAAAUGCGGCAUGGCGCCACCUAUGAUUCGGAGUGCGCACAGUACCUCUUCCCCAACCAUCAGGGGAACCACGAGGUCUCGCUCUAUGCACUGUGUUGGUGGCGGGUCAGUGAAGAACUGGCCGGCCCCUUCGGCGACCGCAAUUCAAGCAUCAUCAGAUUCGUCGAUCCGCGUCUUACUGACAUCAACCAUGUUGUUGGCGCCAGAGGAUUGUCCGAUCCGGCACUCCUCUACCACUUCGCGGGCCGCUCCAAGGACUGGGAGGCGAUGCUGGAGACUUUUGGCGUGGAUGCCGCGCGAACACGUGCUUGCCAAGAGGUUUUUAGCUAUGUCGACAACAGGAGCUCUCUAGAAGACUGUGUUCCUGGUGGUGGCAAGAUGAUUAUGGACUAUGCUUAUGGGGGGGGACCGCUUCUCCUUUCGGAGGUGGCUCAGCACCUGGACCAGACCUUCUGCAGCCGAGACAAGUGCCACCUGGGAAUCAUCUCUGCCGGUGGAGGCAGUGGGCCUGAUGAGCAAGGAGUUUUGUUCUCCAAGCUAGAUGCUGCCUCCCCUGGCAAAGCUGGCGAUGCUUCGUUCAGUCAUUGGGGAGAAGGCCCUAUGAGUGCACAGAAGAUAGUCUUCUGUCCAGAUCCAGACAAGGGCAAGGCUGCCAAGAAGCUGUACGACUGGCUGAACAAUGAGAAGCAAGCCGGCAUCGCCAAAGAUGAGGUGUACUUCUUUGAUGACCACACGGGCAACGCUAAAGAAAUGGCAGAGUUUGGCUUCAAUGGCCGAGAGAUAGCCUGUGAGCCACGGGACAAGAUGAUCGGCGAUGGAAUUGUUGGUUUGUGCGGAGCCCUCCU